AUGAUAAAUUACUGGCUGGCUGCGCUUCUAGGUGUGAGCUAUGCCUCGCAGACUGUGCUGCGCCCGCACACCUCGGCGUCGGACUUUACUACAUUUCGGAGCUCAAAUUCAGCUCACUCGGUGCGCAUCCGACAACAAAAUGAAUCAAUUUGCGCCACCGAUACUGCGCAGUACACGGGAUGGUUGGAUAUCGGCUCUAAACACUUGUUUUUCUGGUACUUCGAAAGCCAAAACGACCCCGUUGCCGAUCCGCUAACAUUGUGGAUGACCGGUGGGCCCGGGGACUCCAGUAUGCUCGGCUUGUUCCAGGAGAUCGGCCCGUGUCUGAUCAAUGAGCACGGCAAUGGAACUGUGCAAAAUCCCUGGGCCUGGUCUCGAAAUUCAUCGUUGCUGUUUGUUGAUCAACCGGUCGAUGUCGGUUUCUCCUAUAUUGAUGAGGACCACGAGGUCCCGCGCGACUCUAAAGAAGCCGCCGUUGAUAUGCAUCGCUUUUUGCAAAUAUUUGUCUCUGAAAUCUUCCCUCACAAGCGCUCUUCGCCCGUUCAUCUGGCGGGUGAAUCUUAUGCAGGCAAAUACAUCCCCUAUCUCGGAGCGGAAAUCGUGACCCACAACGAGCGAUAUCCAUCAGAGCCCCAGAUCAAUCUUAAAUCCUGCCUGGUGGGCAAUGGCUGUAUAUCGCGCAUGGAUAACUUCUACGGAUACUGGGAAACGCUUUGCACUACCAAGCCCGGUGUUCCCACGCCCGUGUUCAAUGAAACUCGGUGCGAUAUCAUGGCUGCAAACAUGCCCCGGUGUAUGGACGUGGCUAAGACAUGCAUUGGGAAUCCCGAUCCUGCCAUUUGUAAUGCUGCCCACGAUGUUUGCUAUGACGGUAUCGCUGGGUGGUAUGAGAAUGAAAGUGGCAAAGGAGGUCGCAACCGAUUCGACAUCACGGCCCCUUGUGAGAUCGACGAGCUGUGCUAUAGGAAAGCAGGUUAUAUCGAACAGUAUUUGAAUUCUCCUGUAGUCUGGAACGCCCUCUCACCCCCGGACGAAGUCAAGGAAUUCAAACUGGAAUCCAGUGCCGUCGUUGAAGCCUUCGAUACUACAUCAGAGAGCAUGGCGUCUUCUUCCGAUACAGUUAUCUUCCUGCUUUCACGUGGUAUACAUUACCUGGCCUACCAAGGGAACCUGGAUUUAGCCUGCAACACGGCCGGAACCCUCAAAUGGGCUGAUUCGCUUUCCUGGAAGGGACAGGUCAAGUUCGCAUCGACGCCACUGCGACCCUGGGUCUCAACUGUGGCUGGUCACAAUGAGACAGUAGGUACGACCAAAGAAGUCCGUGUGCAAAUGGAAAAUCAGGCCCAGACGUCGCGGUUCGCCUUCGUCACCGUGGAUGGGGCGGGUCAUUUGCUCCCCCAAGACCGUCCGGAUGUUGCAUUUGACAUACUGAUGCGGUGGAUCACUGAUGCUCCAUUUCGUUAG